CUACAUCAAAUCCUUUGAACAGUUGAAACUACACAAGGAAGAAACUAAAAAAGUUAACCAAAUAUUAAUUGGGAACUUCAAUAAUGAUGAAAACCAUACAAAUUCUUGGUUCUUCAUCUUCUUCAUCUGGAUGUUUUUCUCUACCCCACAGAUUAAAAAGGCCCCAUUCGAAUUUCAAUUUGAUUUCAAGAAAUCCCAUUUUAGCAGCGGUUUUGAAAUCCCCCAAAUCACACUUUUGCGCUUUCCAAAUUCGAAAAGGUCGCUUUUUUAGAGCUUUUCAAAUGUCGCAAACUCAUUCCGAGUCGACCCCAGAUGGGGGGUCAUCACCCCCUUCAUCCUCAACGUCUACUGCAGUUCACUCAGCUGGCUUUACUAGGAAGAUCAAUUUCUGCCAAUUGUGCGGUGGCCCAACCAAGCACGAGGUGCCUGAUGGAGAGGAAAAGAUAAGAGCUAUCUGCACACGGUGUGGGAAAAUUGCUUAUGAGAAUCCCAAAAUGGUUGUGGGUUGCCUCAUUGAGCAUGAAAACAAGAUACUGUUGUGUAAACGGAAUAUUCAACCGUCUCAUGGCCUCUGGACUCUUCCCGCUGGUUACAUGGAGAUUGGGGAGUCUGCCGCUGAAGGGGCAAUUAGGGAAACGUGGGAGGAGGCGAAUGCAGAAGUCGAGAUCCUUUCACCGUUCGCCCAGCUGGACAUCCCCCUUAUUGGCCAGACUUAUGUUAUAUUCCUGGCGAAGUUGAAGAGACCUCACUUCUCACCGGGUCCAGAGUCAUCCGAAUGCAAGCUUUUCGCAUUUGAGGAUAUUCCAUUCAAUUCACUGGCAUUUUCUUCGAUGCUGGUCACCUUAAACUUGUACAUGGAAGAUAAGAAAAUGGGCCGAGCCAAGUUUCACUACGGCAUCAUAAACAAACGGCCUGGUACGAGCCCGUCUGAGAUCCGUGAGUACACUCUGGAUAGCCAUAUGAGGUGUUGAAAACAGCCCGUGCGGAGAAGGGUGGAAUGUAAAGUUUAUUGUAGGAAGGUACUUAGUUCAUUCACGUAUAUCAUGUACUUAUGUAUUAUGUCUAGUGCACAGACGAUCUUCCUGUUUGAUGAUUUAGAUUCUUGACAUUUUUUCUGUCACUUUGUUCCUCAUAUGUGUUUGAUUGAUGAAUAUCAAUGACAAUUAAUUCAGUUCAAACAAUGCAGUGGAUUAUCUAUUCAA